UGGUGCCGCGCGCCACUCCGGGCCCUGUGACUCUGGCGCGGAACUCCGCGUCGCGCUCCUGAGGAGUCAAUUUAUUGUCGUGUGUUGUUGUUCUCGGAGUCGUUCCCCCUCCUUCCUUAACACCUUCUUUCGUUCAUCAUCUCAUCCGUCGUUCGCUUCAUGCCGAGCAGCUCCGGUAGCGACACGAUGUCCCAGGAAGAACGCGUGCGGGUCAAGGCGUAUUACAACGGGGACGUGCUGAUCACGCACGUGCGGCCCGGCACGAGCUUCCCGGGCCUGUGCGGCGACGUGCGGGAGAUGUGCUCCUUCGACAGCGAGCAGCUCUUCACGAUGAAGUGGAUCGACGAGGAGGGCGACCCCUGCACCAUCUCGUCGCAGAUAGAGCUGGAGGAAGCUUUCCGUCUCUACGAGAUCAACAAGGACUCGGAGCUCAUCAUCCACGUAUUCCCAACAAUCCCAGAGAGACCAGGAAUGCCGUGUCCAGGAGAGGACAAGUCAAUCUACCGGCGUGGGGCCCGGCGCUGGAGGAAGCUCUACCUUGUGAACGGGCACACCUUCCAGGCCAAGCGAUUCAACCGGCGCGCAUUCUGUGCCUACUGCACCGACCGCAUCUGGGGGCUGGGCCGGCAGGGCUACAAGUGCAUCAACUGCAAGCUGCUGGUGCACAAGCGAUGCCACAAGCUGGUGGCAGUGGAGUGUGGCAGGAACAUGGAGCCCACGACGCUACCGAGCCCUCACCAGCACAGCAACCAGGACAGCGUGCACUCUGACGACAUCGAGAACAUCCCGCCGGGAGAGGGCAGCACAGACCAACCCUACAGGGUGCCAAACAGCGGCAAACCAGAAGAGCUUCCGCAGGGCGGGAGGCAGGCGCACGCAGGCCUGGGCCUGCCGGACUUCGACCUGAUCCGCGUGAUCGGGAGAGGCAGCUACGCCAAGGUGCUGCUCGUGCGGCUCAAGCAGACCCAGAGGAUCUACGCCAUGAAGGUCGUCAAGAAGGAGCUCGUCAACGACGACGAGGACAUAGACUGGGUGCAGACGGAGAAGCACGUGUUUGAGCAGGCCUCCAACCACCCGUUCCUCGUGGGCCUCCACUCCUGCUUCCAGACGGACAGCCGGCUCUUUUUCGUCAUUGAGUACGUGAACGGUGGAGAUCUGAUGUUCCACAUGCAGCGACAGCGCAAGCUUCCCGAGGAGCAUGCCCGGUUCUACGCGGCUGAGAUUUCGCUUGCGCUCAACUUCCUGCACGAGCGCGGGGUCGUGUACCGUGACCUCAAGCUGGACAACGUGCUGCUCGACUCGGAGGGGCACAUCAAGCUCACAGACUACGGCAUGUGCAAGGAGGGGCUGAGACCGGGAGACACGACCAGCACCUUCUGCGGGACGCCCAACUACAUCGCUCCCGAAAUCCUGCGCGGGGAGGAGUACGGGUUCAGCGUGGACUGGUGGGCGCUGGGUGUGCUCAUGUUCGAGAUGAUGGCGGGCCGCUCGCCCUUCGAUAUCGUGGGGAUGAUGGACAACCCGGACCAAAACUCGGAGGACUACCUCUUCCAAGUGAUUCUGGAGAAGCAGAUCAGGAUCCCGAGGUCCCUCUCGGUGAAGGCGGCCAACGUGCUCAAGGGAUUCCUCGACAAGGACCCCCGGGAGAGACUCGGCUGCCAUCCCCAGACGGGUUUCGCUGAUAUUCAGAGCCACGCGUUCUUCCGCACGAUUGCGUGGGACAUGCUGGAACAGAAGCAGGUGAUUCCUCCCUUCAAGCCUCACAUCGCGGGAGACUUUGGCCUCGACAACUUUGACAGCCAGUUCACCACGGAGCCCGUGCACUUCACCCCCGACGACGAGAGCGUGCUGCAAAAGAUUGACCAGACAGAGUUCGAGGGCUUCGAGUACAUCAACCCCCUGCUCAUGUCCACCGAGGAGUGCGUCUGAGCCUCUACCUCCUCGUCCACCUCCUUGUCCUCCAGGCCUACCAUCCAAUCACCCAGCCGCACUCCACCAAUCAGCUGUGCCACAGCUGGCCGGAAUCCCCCCACAUCUACCGACAAUGCAGUUGUACAUUCCAGGUUGUCACGCGCUCAACACCUCCCCCCCCCACCUCCUGCUGUUUGGGAUCUCCCAGAUUUGGAACCGGUGCGGUGUGCACCGCUCGCGACGGAUGCAGCGGAACUCAUGACAGGGUGAUGCCACUUCUCCCAACGCUUUUCCAUAACCCCCCCCCCCCCCACCUCGUCCACCCCCUUGCCGUUCAGUUAUACUUCAAUGGUACAUUCCACCCUGCAAGUUGCCUACUGUGAAGUCUCCCGUGGACGUUGGGGUGCGGUGGUCUACCUUGGAAUGUUCCACUUUGAUUCGUGGAGGGGAUGUGAAGCUUGAAGGCGUUUCUCUCUCUCUCUGUCUCCCACAGCCUAAUUGCACGAGUGAUGCCGAUGUGACCGAGUGAGCGUGUGUCGAAGUGUGCAUGUGCGUGCUAGCGAUUGCGUGGGUACAUGUCUAGUGUAGAGUGGUGGCACAGCGGUUAGUGCGACCGCGCUAGGAACUCGGUGACCCGAGUUCGAUUACCCACUCUCACGGCCAAUUGGGUCAAUAUCCAGAACCGGUCCUGGGCCUUUCCUUGGAUCAACUCGGCCUUCAUGAGUACCUGGUGCGGUGUGUAGCCAAACAUCAGCACUGGGGAAACAAAGACGGCCCGGCAUGGUGCUGGCCAAUCACCUGCCUCGUGUGCUGUGCGAGCCGUCAUAGGUGCUCGCAAACAGCACUUGCCCCAUAACAGCCUUAGUAGGCUACACGGCGAUGUUUGAUGUAUUUGUUGUGUGUGUGUGUGAAUGUUAUGGAUUGUUUGAGAGCACACAUAUACAUUGCAGAGCGGUGGUGCCGGCAGUCAACGCAUUCCACCACACGCAGUGUAACCUGGGCUCGACAACAGGCCGUUUAUCACAUCGAUGACGUGUGGUCACCGAACCUUGUCUUGGAACUCCUCUAGGUUGACUUGGCCUUAAUAUUCAGUGCAUUUGUGUGAACAUCGGCACUGUAGAGAUGAGGGUAGCUGGGUGUGGUGCUGGCCACACCCCACCCCCCUUGUGUUGUGUCAUGGUCUUAAUAGGUGCUCGCUAACAGCACUUGCCCCAAUAGUCUGUAGAAGGCUAUGUGGGGGAGAUCUUUGUCUCGUUUUGGCUUUGUGGGUAUAAGUGAGUGUGUGUGAGAGUGAGUGUGAGUCAGUGGUGAGGGUGUAUGAGUGUGAGUGAGUGUGUGUGUAUGAGUGAGUGUGAGUGAGUGUGUGAGUCAGUGUGCUCUGUCAGGGAGCAGUGGCAGCAGCGUGCUAAGAGCCGCGCCAUGAAACCCGGCGACCCGAGUUGCAUUCCCGCUCAAGGCCACCAACGGUGGCGAAUAUUUGAACUGGUCCUGGGUCCUCCUUAGGUCGACUGAGCCUUAAACGAGCACCAGUGUGUAAACAUCAGUGCUGGGGAGACAAAGGCGGCCAGGCGUGAUUUUGGCCACAACCACCCCCAAGUGUGCUGUGCCAGCCUUUAUAGGUGCUCGCUAACAGCACUUGCCCCAACAGUCGGUUGAAGGCUAUAUGGCAAGCUCCUUUGUGAGAGUGAACACACGCGGGUGUGCGUGCGAGCGAGUGCGUGCGUGCGAGCGUGAGCACGCGGGUGUGUGUGCGAGCGUGAGCACACGAGAGCGUAAAUCGGCAAAAACGCGUGCAAACCUGUGUUUAAAAUGACAGCACAUCAAGCCUGUUGCUCGUUAGUCCAGCGGUGUAGCUGUUGAUGGUGCAGGUGGUGCAACUGCCACCGGGCCCCGUGGGCAUGUGGGGGGAUGGGGGGGGGGGGCAUUUAAAUCCCUGCACCGUGGGAGCCACGGUGCACCACUGCUGCCUCCGCUACCUUUACAAAUUCCCUCCGACACGGUCAUUCAUAGGGCUACGAUUUUGGCACGGAGGUCGCAGAAAUCGUCAAAUGUAAUAUGAAGUCCAUCGUGACCUCUUGUUGAUGACUGUAGGUCGGGGGUAGGGAUGUAGAACACGUGUCUGGACACGGCUGUACGUUGGGGUGGUGGUGAUGGGGGGGGGGUUUGGGAGAAGAGGCACCAACCACCCGUGACCUUUCCGCGCAUAAGAGUUUCCCCGUACCUCGGCCGGUAAUUUUACUCCUCCAGUUACCCGUGCCAACAUCGUGGCCCCUUCCCCGCCCGCUUACCCCUCUCUCCCCUGCUCGGAGUCGCGGGGGCGCUACCCCCCCCCCCCCCCCCCCCGUCCUCUUUCCCCACCGUCUUCUUCCCUGCCUCCCCCGGUCAGAGCGGUGGCUCCAGGGCUGAGUCUCACCCGAGCACGUUGUCCUCUUCCGUCUCCUCGAUGAUGCAGCAGCCUGAGUGGGCCCCGGUGGAGGAGGCUCCCUCGCUGGGCAGUGAAGCAGACCGCUUACCAGUUGUACAUUUUUACUUUUGUCUUUCUGCUGCUGCUACUGCCACCACCUCUUUCUUCAUCCUUGACCCCUGGUCCGGUGCCCCCUAAGUGGUGAGUUGGUGGGGGGGGGGGGGCAGAAGAGACGAUGAAGACAAAAACGCGAAACACUAUACGCUUUUAAGUCGGGCCUCAUUGCACAAGUUAACCACGCGGUGUCGGGAUUUAUUUACCAAAUGUACUAUAAGAACUUUAGGAGAUACUAUUAUUAUCGCAGUUAAGACGUCGGCAAAUGCGAUCAAUUUAAGACUAAUGUAAAACGACAGUAUAUUUUUUAUUCUCCAGCGCCGGCCGGCGUGUGUGGAGUGUGGGAUGUGGGGAGUUCGGUGGGGUGGGGACGGCAGGGGGGGCCACGGUCUGAGAAAUUCUCGGCUGGAACUGCCACAUCGCUCGGUUCAGCGGCAUGCUGUCUCUCUGUCGCACUCCCCACUCGUGUCUGACCGCUCACCACCGAGGUGAUGGCCACUCGCUUGACGUUGCUGCUCCCUUCCUCCCUUCCCGAGCGAGUGAUCGAGCGAGCUCUCGAGUUGCGAGUUCCAAGUUUUAUUUUGUUUAGCUCGGAGAGAACUCGAGUGAGAGAGCGUGUGAGCGAGACAUUUCCAGGGUUUAUUGGUCUCUCUCUUUUGCAAGGGGUGACCGACCCUUGGUUCGCCAAAAUUACAAAAGCAAAAAAAACGGCGAAGACGCAGCUACGAAGCGAAUGGAAAUCGGUGCGAUAACUGUUCACGUUCAAAAGUUGAAUUCUGUCGUUUUAAGCUCGACACUUGAACUUGCCGCAAUGCAGACGCGAGGUUCACGCGGCCAUAAGGAUGAGUGGUGGCGUCGACAAGUUACAGAACGCAAAUUUUAAUCCGAGUCGAGUUCGGCUUUGGCGGGUACGCUGCUGUGGGAUGGUUGAGGCCCCGUCAGGGGGCUGCUGCUGCUGCUGUUGUUGCCGUUACUGUUCAGUUUAAAGCGCCUUCGACGAUGAGCUCGGUUGGCUACGUACGGUGCGAAGGAAGUUCAACAGACACACAUACAAAGCGAUGUCCGCCAUGCGGGAUUUACAAGAUGUGCCCCCCCCCCCCCCCCAAAACAAAACCAGAAUAAUCUGGCAACUCGCUCCUGGAUCGUCCAAAUGGAAGCUGUUUGGCGAUACCUUGGCCCACGAGCCAAGAGGGGGGGGGGGGGGGGCUUAGUUGGGGUCACCUGGGUGGCAAUUGCUACUCGUGUCUACCCGUGGGCGGUGUUAACCGUGCCCAGACAAAGAUUUGGCAUCUGUAAACCGCCCCGUUGCGUAAGAACACGCUUCCUAUUCUCAUGACCCGCGGGAUGUUUGGUAUCGCGUUCGGUUCGACUUCCCCGUGCCCAAGCGACGUUCUCCAAGGAACACCGCGAUGGGCUUGCCAUCGCACGCGUUUGUGGUCCAGAGAUGAAGUGAUGGGAGAAUGUCAUCAUUGGCAUUCGCCAGUUUGCACCAUUGGUCACCACCCCAAGCAAACUUUAAAGGCGGCCUCAGGGAUAAAGUAAAAACUAAACUAUAUUUUAUUUUACCAGGUAAGGCCACACCGAGCUAUGUGUAGCUCUUUUUUCAGAAGCGACCUGGCCACAAAUGAUGGGUCAACCUCCGUGGCUUAUCACGUGGAAAUUUAUAGCAGCCAAAACCCCGGAGGACGCGACCACAUUGAGAUCAUGCAAACUCCAAAAAUACAGCAGGCGUCAGGGUCAGGAUCGAACCCACGAGCUCCUGUAUACCAGGCGAGGUGGUUAACAUCUAGCCACCGUGGCGCCAAUCUUGCAACAGACAACGCCGUGCAGAUGAUUCCCAAUUAUGACGAAACGAUGAAAACACUACUGGGGGAGGGUUACUAUGCUGCUGGAACUGUGUAAUCAUCUCCACUAACUAGCGAGGCCACUUGCUAACAGACACUAAACUACGCGCGAUUGAAUUGAGAUUUCCGUAGUACUUUGGUGGCGUUUGCGUCUUUUCAUAUUUGGGGGGGCGUCGGGCCGGCACCCGUCGCUGUGGAGCGUGCGACACUGAAGCCAAUCACUCGGAACGAGGCGCUCGCGCACACACGAGUCAUGUCGGGACCACCGGUACGAGCCCCUUGGGUUUGAUGUUGAAGAUACUGCGAAGAAAAAAAGCACUCCUGCCCAUCCAUAAAAAAACCUCAGCUGUGGCGAUUCUCAACAAUGAACGAGACGAAUGAAACCAAAGUGACGAUAUCGGUCGCAAAAUCUCAACGAACGAAACGCACAUUUUUUGUUCAAAGUUUAAUUUACCAGCUCUGGGGAGGGGGGGACGUUUUAGCGGCCGCUAAACUUUGGGCAGCUUCUAACGCGCGGUUUGUGUAUAAACGAGGGGGGGGGGGGGCUUGCCUCCGCGCUUGUUUGACGUGUUGUUGUCGCUGCUGCUGCUCCUGCUCUCGUCACCGCCGCGUCGGACAUCGAUCGCAUCGCCGAAGUGGUCGCGUGCGCAGCGGCGACGGCUGUGUCCGACCGCGUGCCACAUGCGCGCCACCAUUGGUUGAUCGUCACGGUGUUGUGAAGCUGGGGCAACCCUUGUGGUUGGUUUGGUUGGUGGGGGGAGGUCGUAGGGGGCUAGGCACGGCCCAGUCGAUGUUAAAACUUUAAGCAAAAUGUUGCGACGCUGAAAUGGAAUUGGUUUCGACGGUUCGAGCUGCCGCUCACGCUUGCGUAAUACGGUGACAUGGGACAGCCCACGAAAUCGCAGGUCGCCGCUCGGUCAUAUAUGAUCUUGCAGAACCUCAAUAGAGGCAAUAUUAUAUCGAUUCUGUUCGUAAUCAAUCCGACUACAAUGUAAAAAUGACAUUUUUUAUUCAUCAAUCCCAAAAUAAUCGAGGGGGUACAUCGCUGCGCCCAUUCAUUGCCAAGCCAAUCAAUGGAUGGAGUAAUCCCAUUGGUGAGUGUUGCGACAGGUGAACCGCCCACUUUGAUUGGCUAAGAUUACAGCUCCGUCCAGUCGCUCAACGCUACAGGCUUAAAACUAAAAUCAUCAACUAUUUUUAAUUUACCAGGUAAGGCCCACUAAGCUAUACAUAGCUUUUUUCAGAAGCGACCUGGCUAUCACAAAUGACAGCUCAAAGAAGUGGCUUAUCAUCAUAUAGAAAUGUAUAGCAGCCAAAUACUCUAUGCGCGUGAUGUUGAAUCUUAAUGUGGAGGGGAAAACCUGGAAGAAUCCGUAAAAAAAAUCCACGCGACCACGGGAAGAGAGAGAGACACCGCAAACUCCACAUAUACAGCAGGCUUUAGGGUCGGGAUCGAACCCACGACCUCCGGUAGACCGGCGAGGUAGUUAACAUCUCCUAGCCACCGUGGCGCCCCAUUGACACCGGUGCUGUGCGACACCAGCGACCGUGCGACUUCAAUACCGGGGUCCGGGUCGCGUUCAUAGAACGGCUCUGAAAGGACAUCGAUCGGGUGUCUCGUCGUGCGGUCAGACACUUGUAUCGCUCACAUGUGUGUACACGUGUGGGCGUGGGUGGGUGCGUGGGUGGGUGCGCGCGCGCGCGUUCGGAACACAGCCCGCCUAUUCCGAACACGUGCCAUGGUGUGGACUGCAUUUGCGUUGAGUCUGAACCGAGGGCGCUUUCGCUCGGAACAAUUUUUUGUUGUUCUUGUGGAUCGACGGCCGCGUCGCGGCGGUGAAGGGAGGAGGAGCGGUGUCGGGCAAAUCCUGAGAGCUCUAUUUAACUAGAUAGCACUGGGAGCCCGGAGGGCCCAUAGUCUGUAAUGUUCGGGGCUGCACAAACUCCGUGGAUUCCGGUGAAGGUUUCCACGUUUACCUGUCUUCACAGCCGCAGCCGUCAUAUCACAUCGUCAUCGCAGUAAUGGCGUUGUACCACAUUACUUGAUACGUGCAGCGGUCGAUAAGUGAACCGUUGUCAUUAUUGAAACGAGUGGGUGUGUAUUUACCCAGCACAAGCCUCGCUUGAGUCUUAAGAUGCGUUUUCAGGAGGGCCUCUGUGCUUUGGCUAAUCGCGUGAUGGCCUCGAGGAUAGACACUUGAGCAAAUGGAUAAAACCCACACGGGCUGAAACACUCAAUUCCAACCAGAUAAACCAGUAGCAACCUAUUAGCUGUACUCUGGGACCAUCCUGCAGGUGUGCAGCCAACACCUGAGCACACAUACCCGCGGAAUGGUCUGUGUGUGAGCCAGCAACCGCAAUCACACGGGUGUAUGCUACAACACCCAGGUUCAUAUUCAUUUCGACAUACAAGACGAUUGGAAACUAGAAAUAGUCAAAAUAAUGGUGGGAGAGGGGACUGGAGUUUCUGAGUAUCCGAUGGUUAUUAAAAGUCGGGUAGUUGAAAACUACCCAGGCGUCCCAGUUUGGCCGGAACAGGUCGGGACAGGCCCGGCGGUUUCAGAAAGUCUGCCCGGGAUAUCCAGAAGAUUUCAGCGGGGGGAAGGGGGGGAAACAAAAGUUGAGAUUUUUGUCGCCGGUUUUCAAAUAUUAUUUGAGUCUUUCGGUAAAGCCACGUAGAUAGAAAAAAAAAAUAUCACAACGUUUCGAUCGUAACGCAAGCAAUCGUCAUCAGGUGAAAAAAUAUCGAGAGCUGCUGAGGCAGGAUGUUAUGACAUGUUAUAUUUUUUUCUAUCUACGUGGCUUCACCGAAAGACCCAAAGAAUAUUAAUUCCUGCAGUCACGAAAGCUUUAAGUCGGUUUUCAAAUGUUAUGGCCUCUUGCCAACUCACCGUGACCCGGGUGGUGGGCGGGUCUGCAUCAGCAGUGGGCGGGGAUAGCGAUGGAGUGGCGUGGCGGUGUAUAAGUGGGCGGGGCUCAGUGAGUAGGCGGUGCCAGUGGCUGAUUGAGCGUGGUGGGAGCGGUGGUGCAGCGGUUCACGUGCUGCCCUCGAACAUGGCGAGCCAAGUUCGAUUCCCGCUCACGGCCAACACCGGUGGCGAUUAUCUGAACUGGUCCUGGGCUCCCCUAGGUUGACUCAGCCUCAAAUGAGUACCUGGUGCGGUGUGUAAUAAACUUCGCCACCGGGGAAACAAAGGCGGCCGGGCGUGGUGCUGGAAAUCAACCCCUCGUGUGCUGUGCCGGCCUUCAUAGGUGCUCGCUAACAUCACUUGCCCCAACAGUCUGUGAAGGCUAUAGGGGGAUCUUUGUCUUUGUGGCGGGAUUAAGGGAGGGGAGGGAAGCUGCCAGUUCACCAUGUGGUCCCCAUAGUAGCUUUAGAGUAGGCGACUUCACCGAGACGACUUGGUUACGCUUCUGCAAGGAUAAAAAAACGCGAUGACAUUUAUACACACGUAUACGCAAGGGGUGGUCAAGGGAUUAUAUAUAAAAAAAAAUGUAAUGCGCUAGAAAGUAAUAACUUUCGAUGAAAACUACUGCGUGUUGGAAGACAACAUUCUCUCAACACACCUCGCGGCACUGCUGACUAACCUUUAUGCAUAUGUGUUGUGUGUGUGCGUGCGUGUUCCAGCACCCGUUCUCGACACUAACUGUAUUUUAUGCCGAUUUCUUGUUUUGUACGACGGAAGACACUACAUAGAAAUUAUGGAAUUAAAAACAAUCAAUUUUUUA